AUGAGCGCAGCACUCCAAGUGGAAGCAAAGGGAGCCGCGACCCGCGCUAAUGCCGAUGCGGAAUUGUUGCAAGAGGAAGAGGAGGCUUACAGUUUGAUUGAUAAGCUACAGGAGGCUGGCAUCAACGCAGCCGAUCUGAAGAAGCUGAAGGAGGCAGGCUUCAACACAAGCCAGUCGGUCGUCUUCGCCAUGCGCAAAGACUUGCUCAACAUAAAGGGUCUUUCCGACCAAAAGGUUGACAAGAUUAUCGAUGCUGCCCGGAAGUCCACCGAGGCCGGCUUUGUCACAUGUACACAGCUCGUUGACAAGAUGAAGUCGCGAUUUGCUCUCUCCACCGGCGCCUCUAAGCUAGAUCAGAUGCUUGGCGGCGGCGUGGAGAGUUGCUCCACAACCGAGCUCUUCGGUGAGUUUCGCUGCGGAAAGACCCAGCUGUGCCAUUCUUUGGCCGUGAUGGCCCAGCUGCCUCCGAACAUGGGUGGAGCGAACGGCAAGGUGGUUUACAUCGACACAGAGGGCUGCUUCCGGCCAGAGCGCAUCAAGCAGAUAGCAGAAGGGAAGGGAGUCUCGGCGGACGCUGCGAUGGAGAACAUAAUCUACGCGCGCCUCAUGGUCACUGACGAGGACCGCUUUGCGCUGCUCAUAAUCGAUUCCAUCAUGGGCAUCUUCCGGGUCGAUUUCUCCGGGCGGGGCGAGUUGUCAGAGCGCCAGCAGAAGUUGGGCCGUGUCCUCAGCAAGCUGCAGAAAAUGAGCGAGGAGUUCAACAUAGCCGUCGUCCUCACCAACCAGGUGAUGGCGGACCCUGGCGGGGGCUGCGCGUUCAUGCCCAGCCACCCCAAGCCGAUCGGAGGCCACGUGCUCGCGCACUUCUCGACGACGAGGGUGUUCCUGAGGAAAGGCCGUGCGGAGCAGCGCGUCGCGAAGAUCUACGAUUCGCCUUGGCUUCCCGAGGCCGAGAGCGUGUUCGAGAUAUACACAGGGGGCGUUCGCAACGGGACCGAUUGA